UCUUCAGCGUUUUUAUUUUGCCGGUUAAAUUCUUUACCCUCUUUUUCGUGUUCCCACAUAUUCAUUUUUGCGUUUCUAGUAAAAAGAAUGGCACGUUUCAGCUGCGUGUUUUUCUUGUAAGAGAAUAAAAAUCGAUUUUUCUUUUAUUUUUUUAGUGAUUCUCGCCUAAACAUCAACUUCAAUUUCUCAUAAUUCAAUAAAUUUAAAAAUUACAAAAAAUGGCUGGGUUUUUGAUGAAACAGAUGGUUGGGAAUAAACUUGAUGAAGUUACAGGCGGUUUGAAUCGGUUAGGUGGAGAUGAUGAGAACAAAACUUUGGAAGGAGAUGAUCCAGAAGUAAUCGCAGCCAGACAAGAGAUGGAAGAACGCCGCAAAGAAAAACACCGUAAAAUGGAAUUGGAACGAGAAAAAAUGCGUGACCAAAUACGAAACAAGUACAGUCUCCACAAAAAGGAUGACGCUUUUGGCGGAGGUACUUCGCUUGGAAUUGAUGGUCGAGUUGGACCAGCACAUAAAACACCUGACCAAUUAGCAGCGGAAAUGGCAGCAGAAGAGGAUUCAAUAAUAGGACAGCUUGGAUUGACUGAACAUGUUGAGAAGGCAAAAACAGCAGUAAACACUGCAUUCGACACCUUCAAAGGAUUUUUCGGGAAGUAA